UCGUACAAUUCGUCAGUGCCUGUGAAUGGACUUGUCAUAAGUGUCUUACAUUAUUUCAUCUCUGUCCCCGUUUCCCGUUUUCGCUCUCGAGGGAGCCCCGCGUUUCCAAAUUCCCGAGUGAUAUCAUCCGUGCAUCCGGAAGAGGAGCAGUUCACGAUUCUCGUUAAAGGAAGGUGUGCAUCUUUACCUCCGUCAGUGUCGAACAUACACACCAGGAGGCUAAUUCCAGUCCUUGCUCUCUCUCCCGAUUUAACGAUUUGCUUGUCGAAGAUUUCAAGGAACACGGGAAGAGUGAAUAGUAAUUUUCGUGCUCUUAAAUUGAGAUCUCGUUCAAACGGUGAAAGACCAUAAUCCAGCCUUUUGUUGUGUGAUUCGGAGUAUUCGGAAGUUUUCUAUAUUUCUGGGCAAUACCUAUAGAGCUCUUCAUCAACAACCCCAACGACAUAUUUCAUUAGUCGAAGAAUGGCGAUGCAGAAGAUGAGAAGACAAGGGCAAGACGUCAUGCAGGUGAAUUUAGCAGGUAUUAGGCGAGAUAUUAUGAAUCUCGCCCAUAACUACAGUAAUGCUCAGAAAGCUGUACGAAAAGCUACCAGCAAUGAUCCCUGGGGUCCAAGUAGUACACUUAUGGCAGAAAUUGCCGACUUAACAUACAAUGUUGUAGCAUUUACGGAAAUUAUGCAAAUGCUAUGGAAAAGAUUGAACGAUCAUGGGAAAAAUUGGCGACAUGUAUACAAAGCCUUAGUUCUCUUAGAAUAUCUUAUCAAGACGGGAAGCGAAAAGGUAGCGCAACAGUGCAAAGAAAAUAUAUUUGCCAUCCAAACCUUGAAAGAUUUUCAAUACAUGGAUGGACAUAAAGAUCAAGGAAUUAACGUGCGAGAAAAAGCAAAACAAUUAGUGGCCUUAUUAAAAGACGACGAAAGAUUGAGAAAUGAGCGAGCUAGAGCAUUGAAAGCAAAAGAAAGAUUUGCACAGUCAGUUAGUGGUUUUGGAAGUGAUGGUCUGGACACAAUGUCACCUGUCAGCAGUGAUUUUCAAGAUUGGGAACCUUGUCACUUAUCCGAAUCAACAGCUAGACGUGCGACGGAAUUGGAAGCCGCAAGACCACAGACGGUAGGAGAGGAAGAAUUACAACUGCAGUUGGCCUUGGCUAUGUCUAGAGAAGAAGCGGAGCAGGAAGAACAAAGAAGACGCAGCGAUGAUGUCAGAUUACAGUUAGCUCUUAGUCAGAGUCAGCAAGACUUUAAAGCCCCGCAAUCUGAGAAGCAAAGCCAUAUGCUGGAUUUACUCGAUGUGAAUUUGGGAGAAGCCAGCGGCUCUUCUGUACAAACCGAUCCUUGGGGCAUUCCAAUAACAGCACCACCGCCUAGACCACAGCCACAGAACGAUCCGUGGAGUGUUCCAACAACAAAUACUACAUCACCCCCGGUAGACCCGUGGACACCGGUCCCUCCGCAAAGACCAAACUCCUCAGCUGCCACUAUCGAUCCGUGGCGUGCACCUGCCCCAUCUCCCGCUACAGUCGUAUCUCCUCCUCGUACAAAUGAUCCUUGGUCACCAGUUCCGUCAACUACUACUACUGAAUCGGAAACGAACAAAGUGCAGCCGGCCCAGGAUGGCAUGACAUCCCCAUCACCAUCUUUCAACAAUUCAAACUUGACACAUAACAUUGGCUUUGCGAUACAGCCUCCUCAGACUAUAGGUUUCAAUUUGCCAGUAACUUCGGCCACUACCAAUUUCAGCACUAGUAAUGGUUUCAACGGCACAGGACCGGGCUUCAAUAACUUUCCCGCUCAAAAUAACGGUAAUGCCGCCGCGACGAGUCCUCUCAGCGAUUUAGAUGAAUUUGAUGUGAUUACCAACAGGGGAAAACUCGGAACUAGUCCACAAACAGUGAAUAACGGUGGUACGGCAUCAUCCGGAGGAGAUCCAUUCGAUUUGGGAGGCAUGGCUGAAACUCUGCCUGCCAGCACUGGUGCCGUGAAAAAGACACCGCAAUCCUUUUUAGGAGAGAAUUCCGCGCUCGUCAAUCUGGAUAAUCUCGUCAGCGCUUCGGCAAUUAAGCCAACGGCUCCCGCGCCUGCAGCAACCAUGUCAUAUUCAGCAAAUCCAUUCGCAACUGUGACGCCACCACCCCGUCCUACAAUUAAUCAGAUUCGACAAGAUCCAUGGACAGCGAAUACAACUUCUACGGCUAAUCCGUUCCUCUCGUAGCCUGAUCGAUCAAUCGAGAGAACUUCGCAAUUACUGCAUCCCGCGAAACGUGAUCUGCAGUGCUACAUGUAACUCUAUUACGGUAUAGAUUUCGGUUAAUAAUAAAAAAGGAAGAUAUGAUUUUACUUAUAGCAAUUAUGGGCAGGGAGAUACGUGAGUAAGAUCAAUAGAAAGGCAGAGGAAACAAUCCCCAUCAAUGAAUUUUUAUUCGUAGCUUAAAGCAUUAUUUUUCGACGGAUUAUAUAUAUUGCAGCGCACUUAUGCUCAUUGUACAAGUUCUUUUUCUUCUCUCGGUUUUUUUUCUAACUUUCCUUUGCAUGUAUUACUCGUUUUUUAAAGUUUAUUGUGGGGUAAUCACUUAAACAAUUAACUAGUAGAAGUGUGAAAUAUUUGUAAUUAAGUGACGGUUGGGUGGUUAAAAGGUACAACACAUAAAUCAUGUUUUAACUUUGAAAGCUUAAGCGAUCCCAAAGUACGACUAGAUUUUAUACACGCUCCUUUCUCUAUAUGAUCUAUUUUCUAUGUAUGAAUCAAUUCAGGGAGAGAUUGCUCAGCAAUACCGCUUCACAUCAUUGGGGAAGAAUGUAAAUGUAAUGCUGGCGUCGAGAUCAUUUUAUGCGUUUUUUGUACACACGCGUUUUCUAUAGUAAAAAAAAAGGGAAAAACGAGAUCGUGAGACUGUAAUCGUGUAAUUUGCAAAAGCAUCAUUUCAAUGAACAGAGUUUCGUUCGCCGUUGUACGCUUAGAGAUGUGUCGAUUAUGGUCUGUAAAAAAAAUUCGAUGUUGUGGCUUGCUUUCUAAUACAUAAUCUGUAAUGCGGGCAGCUACUGUGUUACAAAAUGUACACGAAUUUCUUGCAUAGCUGUAUUCUUGUAUAGCUGGCCAUUCACAAAUGACAUACUGCGACCUAUGGCACACACCGAGGCACUUCUAAAAAUGCAAUUGUGAAAGUAGCAUUCAUGCUAAAUGAUACGAACACUAAUUCAUAAUUAUUUUUACCACCUGAAUUCUCGGUAUCAAUCGACCGUGAGCACGCUCAUGCGAGAUUUGGCAUAGCUAAAGAAUCAAACUCAAGAGCGAUAAGAAUUAUAUCUAUCGUAUUCGAGGAUCGAUAUUUAAAUCGAAAUAAUGCGUUAUUUCUAAUCCACUUUAAUAUCUGCGUCAACGAACGCAGUUAUAUAAGAGCCCAUCGCUCGUAGGAUAAAUUUAUAACGAGUCUAUAAGAAAAGUUUUUGCCUACCCAUGUUUUUUAAAUUCGCAUGACGAGAAUACAAAUCAGAUUUCUUUAACAUAUAAAGACAAAACGUAUCUUGAUUCAUAUAAGAAAUGUAUAUACAUUAAAGCAUAUCGUUCCCCACUUGUAGUCUUGGACACAUAGGACUUUAAAAGCUCGUCUUUCUCGUAUGUGUUUGUGGAAAAAUUUGCUGAGUUAUCUUUUUCAAUUUUUUAAUUUUAGACUUGCUAUUACCUAUAUCAUGCAUAGUGUUUUGAUAUUGUAUAAUGAUAUUAUUUAUUUUGAUACAUGUCCACUUAUAAAUGAUAUUGGCAUAAAUUAAAAAGAAAAUUGUUUUAAAUAACUUCAUUGAAGUUCUGCAUCUCAGCAUCUUUUUCUUCAAGAUAGUGACGGAUUUUAUAGUUUUAUACAAGGAGAAUUCUGUCAGUAUAUACCGAGUAUUGACAAAGGGGGAACCAUAUAUUUGCUUGUCUCUAAUCCAAAUCAGAAGUUGCACGAUUCAAGCUAUUCUAAGUAAACGUCGAGCAAAUAAUUCCAAUGUAUUAUUUAUCGUUAAAUUUAUAAUUUCUGUUGGCUUUAUGCAAUUUUAACAUACUUGCUUAUUUGAGUGAAAUUGUAUAUUUAAUAUGUAUUUAUCCAAAUGUUCGCCAGGAUAUGAAGUUAAAAAAUGUAUAAUACGUAUGAUAACGCGUAGAGAUUUAAUUAUACAAUCAUUGUCUUGAACGAUUUGAAAAUAUAACUGAUUAUACUACUAGCUUGUUAUCGUGCCUGUUAAAUAUAGGAUGACAUACCACAGCAUCCUGUAUAUUUUGAUUUUAUUUACAUAGAUCUGUUUCUUUUUUACCUAUAUUUUAUUUAUGUAAUGAUUUAUAAUAUAAACAUAUAAAUCAUGAUGUAUGUAACUUCAUCUCUGUGCGAACAGUGGAAUAUUUUUGUUUAGCUUUUAGAGCUGAUGUAAUUGCA